GCCCAACGGGCCAUCGCGCCGCUUCACAAACUACAUUUCCCGGCUGUGGCGCCCCCUGCUGGUUGGGGCGGCGUGGCUGAUGCUUACCGCGCGGGGAGGGGACGGCGGCGAUGGCGGCGGCCGGGCGGAGCGGGUUGUAGCGCUGCCGGCUGGUGCCUCACCUUUCGUUUCGCCUUAGGCCGUGCCUGGGUGAGAAGCCCCUGCGAGGAAGGGGGACUGCCGUCCCGGAGCAGCUCGGACCGCACCACGCCCGGGAGGUGCCGGCUCCCGCCCAGUAAAGAAGAAUGUCAUUGUUUAAAGCUAGAGACUGGUGGUCCACCAUACUUGGAGAAAAGGAAGAGUUUGACCAAGGCUGUUUGUGUGUUGCUGAUGUUGAUAAUAGCGGACGAGAUAAAAUUAUUGUAGGCAGCUACAUGGGAUAUCUCCGAAUCUUUAAUCCACAUCCUAUGAAACCUGGAGAGGGAGGACAACCUGAAGACUUGCUCUUGGAAGUGCAGUUACGAGAACCAAUAUUGCAGGUGGAAGUGGGAAAAUUCGUUUCUGGUACUGAAGGACUUCAUUUGGCUGUGUUGCAUUCUCGAAAACUCUGUGUGUAUGCUGUUUCAGAAACUCUGGGAAAUGUGGAACAUGGAAACCAGUAUCAGAUUAAACUAAUGUAUGAGCACAAUCUUCAGAGAACUGCUUGUAAUAUGACUUAUGGUCCAUUUGGUGGUGUAAAAGGUCGCGAUUUGAUAUGUAUACAGUCCAUGGAUGGGAUGCUCAUGUUGUUUGAACAGGAAAGCUAUGCUUUUGGCCGUUUUCUACCUGGUUUUCUGCUGCCUGGUCCCUUGACAUACAGCUCUCGAACUGAUUCUUUCAUUACAGUGUCUUCUUGUCGACAGGUUGAGAGUUACAAAUACCAAGUGCUGGCAUUUGCAACAGAUGCUGAUGAAAGACAAGAAACAGACCAGGCAAAACUUGGUUCUGGAAAAAGACUUGUGGUGGAUUGGGUUUUAAACCUCGGUGAGCAAGCAUUGGAUAUAUGCGUUGUCUCCUUUAAUCAGACAGUUUCUUCUGUUUUUGUGCUUGGUGAGAGAAACUUCUUUUGCCUUAAGGAUAAUGGGCAGAUUCGAUUCAUGAAAAAGCUUGAUUACAGCCCGAGUUGCUUCAUUCCUUAUUGUUCAGUGAAAGAAGGAACAAUAAACACUCUAAUUGGAAAUCAUAGUAAAAUGUUGAAUGUUUAUCAAGAUGUUACACUGAAAUGGGCCGCUCAACUUCCCCACAUUCCUGUAUCAGUGAAAGUAGCAAAUUUACAAGAUUUGAAGGGUGUUAUAGUCACUCUGAGUGAUACUGGGCAUCUUCAGUGUUCCUACCUUGGAACUGAUCCUUCACUCUUCCAGGCUCCUAGGGUUGAAUCUAGGGAACUAAAUCAGGAAGAGUUUGAUGCCGAAAUGAAAGAGCUUCAGAAGAUCAUCAAGGAGGCCACAAAAACACAAGAUAUUUUGCCCAAAUCUGAAAAAAACAGAGAUGUAAUUGUCACAGCAGAAGUUUCACCUGGUUUGGAUGUGGAAACUCAAGCAAUUGACAGUGAGGUAAAAGCAGAGGCAGUGCCAUCAGUCACAGUGAAGAUAACGAUACAGAGCAGAGUGACUGCGAAAAAACCAAACCUGGAAGUGUGUGUACAAGCUCCAUUAGCAGUGACCUGUGAGCAGUUCGUCUUCGAUGAUUUAGAACCAGAUUCAUCUGAAACUGUGGUUGUGUCUGUCUUUUUGAAGAGGAAUUUUUCUCCAUCAGAACUCGAAGGAAAUUGUGUGCUUUCAUACAGUACGCCAACAGGAAUACUGAAAGCUGCGCAGUGUAAAUUCAGUCUGCCUUUACGAUUAAUUUGCUUUCCAGCUCAACCAUCAAAAGCAGCAAACCACAAGAUAACUAUUGAUACCAAUAAACCUCCCAUCAGUUUUCUCACCAUUUUUCCAGACUUUGUUGAUCCAUCUGAGGAUGACCAGGCAAAUGUUCUGGGAUUUCAGUUUUUAAGUGGUUCAAAAGCCACUCUUCUUGCUUCAAAAACAUCACAACGAUAUAGGAUCCAGAGUGAUCAGUUGGAAGACCUUUGGCUGAUAACAAAAGAGCUGAGGCUUCGACUCGAAGAACAUUUCAAGAAGCAAAACUGCAAAGAUUUCACAUGUACAUUUUCUGGUUCCAUUCCCCUGCAAGAAUAUUUUGAACUAAUUGAUAGACAUUUUGAGCUACGUUUGAAUGAGGAAAAACUUCAGGAGCUGUUAUCUCAAAGGGCUGCACAGUUUCGAGCUAUUGAGCGGCGAUUGCUAACACGAUUCAAAGACAAAACUCCUGCUCCGCUUCAACAUCUGGAUACCUUGCUAGAAGGAACAUUCAGAGAGGUAAUAGCUCUAGCAGAUGCAUCAGUGGAAAAUCAAGCCAACAUAUUCCAGGCAUUCACAAAGCUGAAAAGUGCCACCCAUCUGGUGAUUAUGCUGAUUAGUCUGUGGCAGAAGCUCAGCACUGAUCAAGUUGCUAUUCUGGAAGCUACGUUUUUGCCAUUAGCAGAAGAUACAAAAGAGAUGGGUUGGGAAGAAACUGUGGAUGCUGCCAUUUCUUACUUGUUACGAACUUGUUUGUCAAAGAGCUCUAAGGAGCAGGCUCUGUCUCUCAGCAGCCAGUUGUGCAUGCCCAAAGAUACCAGCAGACUGAAGAAGAACAUCACCCUCUUCUGUGAUAGAUUGGCCAAAGGUGGUCGCCUUUCCUUAAGUACAGACUCAGCCACUCAGCAAGCUGCUGUCAUGCCAGGUGGUUGUGCUACGAUCCCAGAGUCUGAUUUAGAGGAAAGAACAGUUGUACUGUGCUCCACGGCAAUGUUUCCCCAUCACGGACAGAUCACAAAGCAGAAAUCCAAGCCUGGGCUUUAUUUUUGUGUGUUUAACAUUCCAGCAGAUACUGGAUUAUUUUUCAUGCGUGCGAGUGCUAACAACUUGCCACUUUGAGAUUGGGAACUGCUGUCAUUGCUGGUGGGAAAGAGGAAAAAGCAGUAAGGUUUGUCUGGGGAAUCAGCAGAGGAAGCAGAAGAGCCAUGAAAUCCAAAGACGACCCUUGGGAGGAAUUUCUCUCCGAUGUCAGAUGCAUUUAUAGUGCAGCAGUACCAACCCGUUUUACCUUGCGCUGACUGCAGCUUCCAGAAGGACUGUGCUAAUUUAUGCAGAUACAGAGCUGGGUCUCCCUGCCAACUAGCAUCCUUUCCGUGAACAAAGUUUAAGCACUUACCCAACUGUGGUAGGAGUGUUGUGUUAUGUUAUCCCUUUCUAAGGAUUCAGUUGAUUGAUCAAAGACUAUUUACACAUAGUUAAAAGCAACCUUUGUUUCAGGAUAUGGUUUAUCUUUUUUUUUCUUAAAGAUACUCUGAACGGUACCCUCCUUUGAGAUUAUACUAACAUUUGUUAUAUCACAGUUUUGACAAAAUAUAACUAUCUCGUUUCCUCCUAUACCAACAUUCAUGAUUCCAGACAACUGAAUUCACCACUAGAAGAAAAACUGAUAAUCCAUCAACCUUCUUUUUCCUCCUCUCAUUGCUUAUGCAGACUCUUGCUCUCUAGAGAUACAGAGUAAAAUAUGGUUACUGGACAGAAAAGGCAAACCCUUUUGCCAUAAACUAUGUCACUAUGAAUGUGAAUAAAGUUUACACUGUAAGUACCUUGAGCACAGCAACACAUGGAUCUUUUUAUGGUUACCUGUGAGUUCUGUUACUCUUGUCAAUCACUCUGUUCUAUUUAUGGGCAAGAUUUUCAAAAGUAACAACUGAUUUCUGAGUGCCUUAAUUUUUAUUAAUCCAGUUGGAGGGUGCUUUGAGGGUUGUGUUUUUAGAAAGUGCUGACUAUUCGCCUUCUGAAAUUCAGGUUCAUUCAAGGUGCCUGAAACACAACAUGCAGCAACCAGGGUGACCUUUCAGAGGACCUUGGAUUUGGAAGCAAUCUGGCUCAUGUCUGGAUUCCAGAGGGUGAUUUGAGAUAUCAGUAAAAGGUACUUGGGACUGAAAACAACUGAGAUGUGGGUCAAGUGUAAAAACAGGCAUUUGAAUGAGGCCUCUCCUGGCUGUUGCUGGUUCAUACCAAAAUAUAAGUUGCAGCCUUUUGGAUAGCAGAAUCAAAAGGCAAUGCUUGUUUUAGCUUAGUUUCUGGUAGAUGCAAUUGCAUGAGCCAUCUCUACAUCCCACUCUCCUUAACAGGGGUUGACCGACUCCUGUUGUAGCCAUCGAAGAGGUCCCUCCAACUCAUUUUUACGCUGUUUCAGCAGAGACUGUGACAAUUGAUGUGGUGCUAGGCUGGUAUGUGGGUAAAAAAAGGACAUUAUUUUUUGGGAUGUCUUAAGCCAUCAACCUUUAUCAUCUCUGUAUCUACUUUCAACUUCUUUAUAUGCACCCCCAGUACAAAACCAACUUUGCACCACGUCUGCAUGUGCGGCUUAACUAUCAUCUGGUCCUACUCUGGCUCAGUGAACAUAAUAUGACCAUGUUUUACAGAGCCUUAUUCAACAUGUUAGCUAUUAAAUAGAGCUAAGUGGGCAGGGAACUGGGUUCUGAUACCUCUAGGACUGAAACGGGCAGCGACUCUCAGUAAAAAUUACUCUGUCCCCCAGGAGACCUCAGAUAUCUACAAGUUGUGGGGCCAGAAAUCUUGCUGCUUUCCCAGGAAGGAAAAAAUCCUACCCCCUGCUUGCUAUGGAGUGAUUCUGCUGGCUGUCUUUGCUCUCAUCCCUCCCCCGUGGUUUUUGUCAGGAGGGUGGUAUCCAUCCCAUUGUCCAGGUACCCGCUGCGCUGCCAGAAUUACUCUAUAAAAUAAUCUCCUGCAGUCUCUGUACACACCUCAGUGACCAAAGAAAAUCCUUGGAGAACUAAUCAAUUACUGUAGCUAUCAGGUUUAAACUUUAACCAUAGAUCUCAAAUCUUCUUUUGUCCUCUUGUCAGCAGCUACUAGGUAAUCUAGAAGAAUCAACCACAGUUACUACUGGAAGCCUGUACCAUAACAGUGUAGAAUCCUGGACCAAAGAAUCCUAAGCUAUAGGCAUAUAAUAUAGCUGGAAAGCACACUACUGUGAGACUUCCAUGAAAUAUAUUACUCUGUCAUAACUACCGUUAUUGAAUGUGAUCCCAGUGCUCAGAGCUGCCUGGCUUCAUUGGGAAUUUAGGGUAAACAAUGAGUAGGCACUGAAGUCAAUUAUAUCAUCCACUCUUAUUUAAGUUAUUUUCUGUCAUUUUAAGAUGUAAGGCUCAGAAGCGCUCUUAUUUGCCUUUUCCGCUCCAUGCUUUGUAAAAUGAAGUCUCAUGAGAAUAGUUUUCCAGAAAGGGGAAAACAUACUGGUAAUAAAGAGGAGGGAGGAAAAAAGGGUAGAACUAUCUAUAGGAGUAAUGUAUGACCUCUUUGUACAUUGCACUAAAUUGCAGUAUUUGGUAGCAUCAGGAUUUGAAAGUUGCAUUGAGUAGAAAUUACUUAGUUUCCACCAAUGCCAAAUAGUCCAUCUAAUUCACAGGAAGGAAGCAAUUGAAAUGUAGUCAUUUAUGCAGUAGGCUAAGAGGAAAUGUUGUAAAGUAAUUCUUCACAAUUCUCAAAUGGAGUUUGAAUUUUCAAGGAAGUUCUUUUUGGCUGGAAAAAUUCAGGCCACUUACAGGAAGUUUUGCAUUGAAGAGAGUUGGCCAACUGUAAAGUGUAGGGAAAUAUUGCUAGUUUAGGGGGACCAAAUGUUUGGUUCUCAUCAGUGAUGUUUCAGAGGCCAAGACAGGCAUUGCUGCCCGAUCAAACUAUUUUGAACAGGAUUUGAGAGUAAUGCCUGAUCAGUUCUUCUGGUCAGGUUGAAGACACAGCCUCUCUGCAUGUUUAGCUAUUUGAGGUGAAAUGUGUAUGUCUCCCAGAUAAAAAUUAAUGUUUAAUUAUUAUCUUAUUGAAAUUAGUUUUGUAUACAUAUAUCUAAAAGGGUUUUUUUGACAGUUUGAAAACAACAUUGUGAGUCACGGCAACUCCAUUAUAUUUGCGCUAGAGCACUGUGAAAUGCAUUUUCUCAAGUAAGUUCCAAUGUCAAAUUCAUACUUUUGUGUUUGUAUUAAACAGGUAAAUCCUUCUGGAGUUGAUUUUCUUGGUAGAGAUUGUUGUCUGAAUGUUAUUGUCCAAGGGCUUUUCUUUCAUUUUGUUUUUGUGCUGUUGCAAUGUAGAAAAACAGAUUAAAACAAUUACUGCUCUGAUGACCAAAAUCUGGAGGUCUGGACUCUGCUGAUCUUUUGGGCUUUGAGCACAGUGCUGAGUUCAAACUAGGACUGUGGUUUUCAGCCUCAGAUUGAUUCUGCUGUCCAGCUAUUAUUAAACUAUGACACAGAAAAACAACAUUUCUUUACUUUCCAGGGGCUGGGUUUUGAAUGCUUUGUCUUUUUUCUCUAGCAUUUACUGUAACACCAAGCAUUAGAGAUAAGUUCCAAUAUUCUUAUAUUGCUUAGAAAGAGUAAUUUACUGCCAUAAACUGAAGUUUGCUGUGCAGAUUGUAUUUCUAUGUGAACACUUUCCAGCAUA